AUGUCGAUCAUGCCGUGUGAACUAUUAGUUACCCUCGUGUGGAUGCUUCUUAUCGUGACAUCGUUGACGUUUGCGUGGCCGAGCUUUCGUCGGGACAUCUUCGACAACGCCAUAGACGGUCCUGGUGGAUUGAUUGCUCAUCUGCAGAGUUUUGGCAGUUUACUCUACAGAUAUCCGAGCAAUGAAACUGGAUCGAAGGUAGCACAGUGGCGCGAGGAUAUGGAUGUAAACCCGGAGGAGUUGGGCGAAUACGUGGAAGGAGAUAUCCUAUUUCCGUCGAACAUCGGAAGAAAUGGGCUUGCAGCAGUCUCUGCCCGGUGGCCCAAUGGCAUCAUUCCCUUUAUAAUUAGCCCUUAUUUCAACGCUCAGCAGCAGAAAGUUAUAUACGACGCAAUGGACGACUAUCACAAGUACACGUGCAUCAGAUUUAAGCCGUACACGGGAGAGGAAAGCGAUUACGUCAGAAUCACAGCCGGUAACACCGGAUGCUGGAGCAGCGUGGGUAGGAUCGGUGGCCGGCAGGACAUAAACCUUCAGGUUCCCGGUUGCCUGACGCAGAAGGGCACGGUGAUACAUGAGCUGAUGCACGCCGUUGGCUUUUUGCACGAACACAGCAGAUACGAGCGGGACGAUUACGUGGAUAUUUUGUGGGACAAUAUCUUGAACGGUCACACGUACAAUUUUAAUAAGGCUCCCCCGGAGAUCACCCAUGCCUUUGGAGUCGGUUAUGAUUAUGAUAGCGUGAUGCACUACUCAUCGACAGCAUUCUCCAAGAACUAUCAAUUAAAAACUAUCGUACCCAAGAGACAAUUGAACGGUGGAAUAUUGGAUAUUAUUGGCGGAAUAUUCCAAGGAAAUAGCGAGAUAAAGCUCGGUCAGAGGCAGGGCUUCAGCAAGAAGGACAUUCUGAAAAUUAGGAGGAUGUACAGAUGCGGCAAACGUACUAGCAUAAUCAAUGACUAUCAGUACUGA